CUUCAAAAUAAUCCACACACCCCUUCAUUAGAGGACAUGAGAGAUAUGUACUCGACUGAACUUGGACAAUUAGUUAAGCAGAAUAGCAUGAACGCUUAUAUUUCUAAAUGUACUCUUAGUAUUACUUCUGACUUCGUUUGGAAUGAUCAUAUUCACGAAACUCAAAAGAUUAGGUUCGCAAUUCAAAUCCAAGAACUACCUCCUCAAUUAUUUAUGCGUAUCAUAUCUGAUAGGUGGAUAGGAGCUGAGAAAUUUCUUUCAGUUUCCUUAAACCAUCUAGUUUUGCCUGCAAAUUAUCAUCAACAUACAGAAUUGUUGAGUUUACCGCUCUGA